AACUACCACACCAACCAAUUUUUAACCAACUCCCUCACUCUCUUCUUCUCCCUCCACCAUUAACUACCAUUUUUACAUCACUCUCAUGCUCUCUUCUUCUUCUUCUUCUUCUUCUUCUCAAUGUACCAUCCCAUUCCCAAUAACCACCAAAUCAAACCAACCACAACAACAACCCUAAUUUCCCAAUUCAUCCCAAAAUGUCACACUCAACAACUCCUCUACCAACUCAAACCCUUCAAACCCAAAACCCUAACAACAACAACAACAACAACAUGCUCCUAUUCUUCUCCUCCACCACCACCACCACCACCCUCCCCAAUCAAAACCCUAAUCUCAAUCCUCCGUACAAUCCCCGAUUGGGCAGACCAAAACCAAGAACGCGGUAUGCAAAAAAACCGCACUCUCUACAAUCACACUAAUUGGGUUCAACAUCGUAGCUCUCUCCGUCACGUGCGUCACUUCUUCUCUAGUCUCUCCUCACGUGUCAUUCUUUCUUUAGUCCCUCCUGUUCUUUUCUUCACUUCUUUCGCCGCCGUCAUCGCCGCUUAUAACACCGCCGUACUUCUCGACUUCUUCCCGGAGUUUUUUCCUGUGCUUAGAGCUUCUUCUCUUCCUUAUCAGUUAACGGCGCCGGCGCUUGCGCUUUUGCUUGUUUUUAGAACGGAGGCUUCUUAUUCUAGAUUUGUUGAAGGGAAGAAAGCUUGGACUAGUGUUAUUUCUGCUGCUCAUGAUUUUGCUAGACUUGUUAUGUCUGUUCAAUCUGAUUUUCAUCUCAAGAACGCGCUUUUGAAUUAUAUAAUCGCUUUUCCUCUUGUGCUUAAGUGUCACGUGUUGUAUGGUUCAGACAUUGCGAGAGAUCUUCAAAAUUUGCUAGAAGUAGAUGAUAUAGCAUUGAUCAUGAAUUCGAAACAUCGACCUCGCUGCAUUAUUGAGUUUAUAUCGCAGAGUAUUCGGCUACUAAAAUUGGAGGAUUCUAGAAGAAAUGUCCUGGAAUCAAAGAUCACUUGUUUCCAUGAAGGAAUUGGCUUAUGUGAACAGCUUAUGGGUAUUCCCAUUCCGUUAUCAUAUACUCGCUUGACUUCAAGGUUUCUUGUCCUAUGGCAUCUGACGCUCCCUAUCAUACUUUGGGAUGAUUGUCAUUGGGUUGUGGUUCCUGCUACCUUUAUUAGCGCUGCAUCUUUGUUCUGCAUUGAAGAAGUUGGAGUUCUUAUAGAGGAUCCAUUUCCGAUGCUUGCACUUAAUGAUCUCUGCCAGAAGGCCCAGAAAGACAUUGAAGAAGCAAUUGCAACCGAAAAUGUGAUUCAUGCGCACCUUGUUGCAAAGCGAAACUACCACUCUAAAGAGCAUUCACCAAAUGGCUGGCCUAACUCCUAAAAGGAAGAGAAUUUUGCUUUGGAUGUCUUCUACUUUUGCUUAUGAGGUGGCUCUGUAUGUUGUACUUGUUUGGAAUUAUAUCAUGUAAUUAAUCAUGAUCAUUGUGCUACACUUGCACUAGCUUGACAAUUUCUUUAGGAAAUUGCCUCAAAUACAUCAGGAUUGCUUUAGGACUAUAUUCUGCUAAUGUAGUGGGUGUGUAUAUAUCACAAAUCCAUAAUCAUGUAAAUAUAAACAUCAAUUCAGAUAUUCAUUUUGAUGGUUUUAUCGA